CCAUCUCCAGAGCAGCACCCCCACGACCACCGAGCCUACGCUCUCCAGUAGAGCCGCACCCGCACCCCUGUGCGCCCAGGCCGCUCCGGAGCCGCGCUGCGCUGCGCUGAUUCGCUGCCGCGGUGAUUGCGGCGCCGGCGACGCGCCCGCCCCUCGCACGCGCAGGCUGGUGCAGCCUCAGUGUGUCUGCAGCCGCGCGGCGACCGCGAGCCCAGCCGCUGCAGCCCGGGCAGGAACGCCUGAGUGCAAGCUCAGCGUCCCCGAGGAAGGCAACGGCGAGCUCCCGAAGCCUGCAAGAUGCAGGCCACUGCUGAUUCCACCAAGAUGGACUGUGUGUGGAGCAACUGGAAAAGUCAGGCCAUUGACCUGCUCUACUGGCGGGACAUCAAGCAGACGGGAAUAGUGUUUGGGAGUUUCCUGCUGCUGCUCUUCUCCCUGACCCAGUUCAGCGUUGUGAGUGUGGUGGCCUAUCUGGCUCUUGCUGCGCUCUCAGCCACCAUCAGUUUCCGCAUCUACAAGUCUGUUUUACAAGCUGUGCAGAAAACCGACGAGGGCCACCCUUUCAAGGCCUACCUGGAGCUCGAGAUCACCCUUUCUCAGGAGCAGAUUCAGAAGUAUACGGACUGCCUGCAGUUCUACGUGAACAACACACUUAAAGAGCUGAGGAGGCUUUUCCUUGUGCAGGACCUGGUGGAUUCCUUAAAAUUUGCAGUGCUGAUGUGGCUCCUGACUUACGUUGGCGCUCUCUUCAACGGUCUGACCCUGCUGCUCAUGGCUGUGGUUUCAAUGUUUACUCUACCUGUAGUGUAUGUUAAACACCAGGCACAGAUUGACCAAUAUCUGGGACUUGUGAGAACUCACAUAAAUGCAGUUGUGGCAAAGAUUCAGGCAAAAAUCCCAGGAGCUAAAAGGCACACUGAGUAAACAGAUAUCCCACCUGGGACUGGACACAAAGAGGAAUGUCUGGAGUGGUAACAGCUCUGUUCUUACACGUGACUGCAAAUUGUUUUCCCCCAUACCAUAAUCUUAGAGACACACUUUAAAACAGCUGUUUUUAGGCUGUUUCUGUACCCUUAGGAUGUUUGAGUCAUAUGUGUCAAGCACUAAAGUAUAGAGAAAAGUGUAUUAGAUGUGGUUUCUAUUUCAUGUUGCUAAAAAAAAAAAAGAAAAAAAAAGUGCAUGAUGGUGAGAGCCCAAGUUAUCUUUCCUUCUUUGGUGUUGUUCUCCUCUCUGCAAUGCUUCUGUAGCUUCUAACGUUCCCUGUGGCUAGGCCUUUCCUGAGUGCACUGACGCAAUAGUGGAAACUGCUUACAUGUCCCUGGGUUGCUGGUUGGAUUAAUCUUUAAUAACAAUAUAUAUAGCCUCGUAGACUGAUGUUUUAGUGUUUCUCCAACACACACAAUGUAAAAGUAAAAGCAGUCGACCGUACUCAUGGUAAUCAGUUUUGUAUAACUUAAAUAAAUAAAUGGAAAAACCCCAAACAAACACGCAGUACUUUUGUUGUAUGGGAUCAUGGGCUGACUUACAUGUAUGGUAACUGAAAGAGUACCAGCAUGUUAACUUUAUUACGAUUUGUAUUCCUUUCUCUGUAGUUCCUAAUGGACUUAAUCAUGGACUCUGGAUAUUUGCACUUAUGUACUUGAUACUGAAUGCAUAAAUAAAUGUUACUAAAUGUACAA